GUCAAUACUGUCAGUUUCUAAAAAAAAUAUAAACAAUGUUUUAAAUUUCAUCCCAAAAAUAAUAUUUUUAACUAGACGAAGCAAACUUAUACAUCUAAUUGUUAUAAAUAAUAUGCUAUAAACAAUUUCACACUACAACAAUGUCUUCUAGCAAUAGUACAAGAGUGAAAAAAUCGUCAAAAGAUGAUAAAAAGAAAGCUCAUGCAAGCAGCUCAAGUAGUACAAAUUUGAACGAUAGCAAUUCCAAAGAAAAAGAAAGAGGCGCAGAUAUGGAAUUCAAACAGUACGCAGGAAUUAGUCCUGACAUUAUAAGUCACUACGCAGAGCAAGCCAUGAUCGAAACCCGUUUAACAGAAGACGUUUGUAAUGUUUUAAGCGAAGAUAUUAACUACAAACUUCGUUAUAUAAUUAAUGAGGCAUUGUUAAAAGCACGACUAUGUGGAAGAGAUGUGAUAUCUUCGAAUGAUAUUGAAGAAACCUUUACCAGUUUAUCGAUCGAUAAAGUACAUGGAGCAUCGGACUCUCCUAUAUGGAUGCCCUUUACCUACAAUAACCAAUCGUUUCUCUAUUUAGAUGAUAGCAUAGUGGAUCUCGUACAAAUAACGGAAGAAGAAAACAACACUUACGUCCAAUAUGGGGACUUCGAAAUCGUCAGCAACUGGUACCCGGAACCGAACCCGACCAGCCCGGCUCUAAAAAAUUACUUCGUAUCGGCCUGUCAAUCUCUGACCGGCAGCGACGAGGAGCUCAGGGAUAUGGUGUUGAAAGACAUCAGCGAGAACCCCCAAGUCGGGCAAAUCGCCCAAUGGUUCUACCACUUCGCUUACUUCUUGCUCAUCAACAACAUCACCUUCGAUUCCCUCACCGUGGUCGCUUUAGAUUUGGUGGAGACUCUCGAAAACAGCCCGUUGAACAGCGUCAGCGUUUCUACGAAGCAACUGCGAUUAUUAGUGAGAUUAUUAUUGCAAAGGUUGCUGUUGAGUUAUAAUGCUCCUGAUGUGUUGAGGAAAAUGUGCUUCACAUUGUCGAUUUUGUGCCUUCGAUGUUCCCUUAAAGAGAUGACAUUAGCGAAGGUUAAGCAGAAAUUGGAAACCAUUCCGAGCGAUCAGAUACUGUCUCUGCUGUCUAUAAUUUAUUAUUUAGGCGUUGAUGCGAUUAAGGAGAUUUUUCUGCCGCACGUUACGUUUUUUUUCGAUAAAAUUCCGUUAUCGCCCGAUCAGCCUAACGUUAUACACACAGUAUUAGCUAUUUACAACGUUAUAUGCAAAGCUGAGAUUCUGAGUACUUACGUGCACAACUGGUUCGAUGUGCUAAUAGAAAACGAGCUGGUCAUUUACUGGCCCCCGUCGUGUUGUGAAAUUACAGACGUUGAAAAAUUGAAUCCGAACUUCGCGGUGAUGAAAUCGAAGUUGAUAAAAACGAGGAGGAAAAUAAGCGGAACGCAAAACGUAAUAAUCGGCAAAACCACUCUACUGUUGCCGGAAUUAAAUCGAGGGAAGAACAGAAAAUUGAGAAAAUGCUGCGAUCAUUCUUUGUUGUCUUACAUUUUGUAAUAGUACUUGUUAAAUAUA